UUUUACUCUCAUGAAGACAUUAAAAGGGAAAAAUAUAAUCUCAAAAUUUCAUCAUACUCUAUAUAUUAGUAAACUAAUUACCUUACUUACCUAUAUACUCAUUCUUUUUAUUGGAUUUUAAUAUUAUUAUUAUUUUUUUUUUUAUACAUUCACAUAAUUUAUCAAUUGUUAAGGAGGUUUUAGAUAAUUAACUGAUCUUUCUUGGGCUUUUCCCAAAUUUCAGAAAAUUAAGAUUGUAAAAACGAUUUAAGAAUAAUUUAGGGGUGUCUAAGAGAAAAAGAAAUGGGGUUAGCGGCAAGAAUAUACCCAAAAAUACCGGAAGCCACCUUUGACACCAACUAGAAAGAGUAAGCUGCUCCUUAACCAUUACACUUUUUGAUAAUGGCGAAGACAACGAGUCAUUUGAGAAUAAUUUUCUUGAUUAAUCUGUAUUUAUUAUACUCACACUCCAUCUUGACUAUCGGAUUCGAUGAUCAACUCCGAACAACGCCGGAAACUGAUUUGAGAGUCGGAGAAAGUAGUGGAAGGUUCAAGAUUGGUGUUUUUGCUGACUUGCAUUUCGGAGAAAACGCGUGGACCGAUUGGGGACCUCGCCAGGAUGUCCGCUCUUUGAGAGUCAUGUCUACUGUGCUUGAACAUGAAUCUCCUGAUUUUGUCGUAUACCUUGGAGAUGUCAUUACAGCCAACAACAUACCCAUUGCAAAUGCAAGCUUGUAUUGGGAUCAAGCAAUCUCUCCAACAAGAAGAAGGGGCAUACCAUGGGCUAGUGUGUUUGGAAACCAUGAUGAUGCACCAUUCGAGUGGCCGUUAGAGUGGUUUUCAGCUCCUGGAAUUCCACAAAUUAUCUGCCCUGUGGCCAAUUUAUCACAUUCAGGGCAAGAAGAAUGUGGCUUCAAAGGCACGCAUCGUGUAGAGCUAAUGAAGAAAGAGAUUGAUAAUAAUAUACAGUCACAUUCUAGAAAUGGGCCUAAAGAUCUUUGGCCAAGUAUUUCCAACUAUGUCCUCCAGGUCUCAUCAUCAAAUAACCCUCAGAAGGCUGUGGCCUAUAUGUAUUUUCUAGAUUCUGGUGGUGGCUCCUACCCAGAAGUUAUAUCAAGUGCCCAAGCAGAAUGGUUCCGGCAUAAAUCUCAAGAAAUCAAUCCUGAUUCAAGUGUUCCUGAGAUAGUUUUUUGGCAUAUACCAAGUAAAGCUUAUAAGAAAGUGGCUCCGAAAUUUGGAAUACACAGGCCUUGUGUGGGUUCAAUUAAUAAGGAAAGUGUUGCUCCUCAAGAAGCUGAAAUGGGUAUAAUGAAAAUUCUCGUCAAAAGGUCUUCUGUCAAGGAAACUGUGGGGACAAGAAUUUGAAGUACUGCCACAGUAAAUUGUUUAAGUUGAACAUUAUUGGG